GGUUGCCUAAGCUCUCAACAACCUCCGUACCUUCCAACAUCGACCGCACCGUCAUCCACGUCGAGCUCCUCUUUCUGCAACUCAUAUUCUUCAACUUUGCUCAUUAAUACCUCAACAUGUCUGAUCUCUGCCCUGUCUAUGCUCCUUUCUUCAGCGCAAUGGGAUGCACAAGCGCCAUUGUUUUCACUUGUAAGUUCUUUGUUAUCAUUUUGCUAGCUAUAUCACCGUGUCGCGAGAGACGGAAUGCUCACCUACGCACUGAAUAUCAGGCAUAGGAGCAAGUUACGGUACUGCAAAAUCUGGUGUCGGUAUCUCCGCCAUGUCAGUACUACGGCCGGACUUAAUGAUGAAAUGUGUCGUCCCAGUCAUUAUGGCUGGUAUCAUUGCCAUCUAUGGUCUGGUCGUUUCCGUCUUGAUUGCUGGAGAAUUGUCCCCUACCAUGUCGCUCGCGAAAGGGUUCGUUCAACUUGGUGCCGGUCUAUCCGUCGGUCUUUCUGGUCUUGCUGCUGGUUUUGCUAUUGGUAUUGUCGGUGACGCCGGUGUUCGAGGGACCGCUCAGCAGCCACGUCUCUUCGUCGGAAUGAUCUUGAUCCUCAUCUUUGCCGAAGUCUUGGGGUUAUAUGGACUUAUUGUAGCUCUCAUUAUGAACACUUCCACCUCAGAGAUGAGUUGCAAAAUUUGAACGAAGCAUUAGACGCUUCCGAGUGAUGAUACCUUGAGGAUCCCCACCACAAAUAUUUUCCACUAUUGACUCUCC